AUGGCACCUUCCACUCCUUCCUCCCAUCGCCCGCGCAAGAAGAGAAAGGUUCCCACUGCUCCGGGGUCGAACAACAACCUGAUCUUGGACAUUAGCAAUGGUCAACAAACACCAGCUUUUCCGCUUGUCUCCUUCCUCUGGGCUGCACGCGCUGGUGUCUCACAAUGGCUGAUCCUGCCUCUCACCCUCAUGGUUGUCGGGCUCUUCCGAUGGGCUGUCAGUCUGUGGGGUUACUCUGGAUUCCAGGUUCCUCCGAUGCACGGGGAUUUUGAGGCGCAAAGACACUGGAUGGAGAUUACCACACACCUUCCAAUGGCCAAGUGGUAUCUCUACGACUUGCAGUACUGGGGUCUCGACUAUCCCCCAUUGACGGCAUAUCAUAGCUGGCUUCUGGGCAAAAUUGGCUCUAUUGUUGAACCCGCAUGGUUCGCAUUGGACAGCUCCCGCGGCCUCGAGGAACCGCAUCUAAAGGUCUUCAUGCGCGCCACCGUCGUCGUCUCCGAGUACUUGGUAUAUGUGCCCGCCAUUGUCAAUUUCCUCCGCCGAUACACCCGCAUGCACGGUGUACACGCCUGGUCCACCUCAAUUGCUCUCGUUGCGAUCCUUCUCCAGCCCGCCACCAUCCUCAUCGACCAUGGCCACUUCCAAUAUAAUACUGUCAUGUUGGGCUUGAUGGUCGCAAGCUUGGACGCCAUUCUUGCCGGACGAAUGCUCUGGGCUUGCGUCUUCUUCGUCGGUGCAUUGGGUUUCAAGCAGAUGGCUCUAUACUACGCACCAGUCAUGUUUGCUUACCUUUUGGGCGUCUGCGUCUUCCCGCGGUGCCGCAUCGGCCGACUGAUCAAUAUUGCUCUUAUCACUCUAGCCGCUUUUGCUUUGCUCUUUGCGCCUCUCGUGGUUGGUGCGACGAACCCCGAAGCCCGGAAACUGUUCGCGUCCUCGCCCCAGCCUCCCCUACUGCAGGCAUCCCCCGUCUCCCUCGACAAGGAUACCGUGGCGUAUGCGAUUAUCUUCCAGAUCACUCAGACUAUCCACCGAGUGCUUCCCUUUUCCCGUGGUAUCUUCGAGGAUAAGGUUGCCAAUGCAUGGUGUGCGAUUCACACCUUCUACAAGCUUCACCGCUUCGAUGUCUCCUUGCUCCAACGGGCCUCUCUCGGUGCCACCCUGGCCUCGAUUGUGGUUCCAUGUGGUAUCAUCUUCCGUCACCCGCGAGCAUCUCUUCUUCUCCCUGCUUUGUCUUCUGUCGCGUGGGGAUUUUUCCUGUUUUCUUUUCAGGUGCACGAGAAGAGCGUUCUUCUUCCUCUCCUCCCAAUGACUCUUUUGCUUGCUGGAGACGGUGGGCUAAGCAAAGAAAACCGCGCCUGGGUUGGCUGGGCCAAUGUGCUCGGCUCAUGGACUAUGUAUCCACUUCUUAAGCGCGACGAAUUGCGCGUGCCAUACUUUGUUAUGACCCUCCUGUGGGCCUAUUUGAUGGGCCUGCCGCCGGUCUGUCUGGAGACUUACCGGAGCCGCGCAUCGUCAGAAGACACCAACAACCAGUUGGAGCCCAAUAUCUUGACCAAGCUCAUUCAUUUUGCGUUCUACUUUGCUAUGAUUGUCUGGCAUGUUCUUGACGCAUUUGUUGUUCCUCCCCCUGACAAGCCCGAUCUGUGGGUGGUCCUCAAUGCUCUCAUUGGAUUUGGCGGUUUUGGGCUUGCCUAUCUCUGGUGUAUGUGGAAGUUGAUCACACAGUGCCGCCAGAUCGAUCUCCGUGUGGCCGAAGAAGACAGUCGGAAGAAGAAGCAAUGA